AUGUUAGAGCGGUUCCUGGAGCAACAGCCUGCGGUGACGGCAACCCUCCUGGACAACAAGCUGAGGAAAGGCGGAAGCGAGAUUCGCACUCUCACGGAAGGUGACCUAUCCGCAGCAGAGCAAGUGCUUAGCUUGUUGGCCCCACUGAAAGCUGCCACCACGCUCAUGUGCGAAGAAAAGCAACCCACAGUGUCAAUCAUCGCCCCCCUCAGAAAGAAGUUGCUGACACAUUUUGAAUAUACACCAGACGACACUCCCUUGAUCAAAGACAUGAAACGAGUCAUGGCCGAGGACCUCAGAGAACGGUAUGUGAACGAGGAACCAUUCUUACUCCGAGCAGCUGCUUUGGACCUUAGGUUUAAAAAGCUCCCAUUCCUGAGUGAUGAAAGAAGAAACCAAACCUUUGAAUGUAUUGCUGAAGAAGCAGCACAGCUGAAGGAACAGAGGUUACAGAAUGAACCAGAGGUCCAGGCCCAGGAAACACCUCUCCAUGCCCAGAUGUGUGAUGAGAGGGAAACGAAAAGUAUGGAAGAAACCCCUCCAGUUUCCAAGAAAACAAAAGUAUUGGAUGACUUGUUUGGGGACUCCUUCAGCACUGAGGACCAAUGUGCCAGGAAGAAAACAUCCAAAGAGCUAGCCAAUGAUGAAAUUAGGAAGUACAGAGAUAUUGCAUCUCUGAGUUUGGGUGGUAAGGUGUUACAAUGGUGGAAAGCUCACCAGGCCGAGUUUCCUCUCCUGGCCGACCUGGCUCAGACCUACUUGUGCAUACCUGGUACAAGUGUACCAUCAGAACGCGUGUUUAGCACAGCAGGGGACAUAGUGCGUUCAGAACGUAGUGUUUUGUCCUCUGAGCAUGUGGACCAGCUGAUUUUUUUAAAGAAAAAUCUGUCAAAAUGCACAAUUGAAAGUAUUGAACUGUAACAAUGCUGUAGUUUAAUGUUACAGCUUUACUAACUGUUCUGUUUUUCACACAGAAGC